ACAUAAAGUAAGUAACAAACCAUCUGCACUCUGCAAAAAGCAAAAGUGUUCCAUCCGCUGCAGGACUUGGCACAUGUAUCGAAGCAUAGGGUCAUCAACAAAAAUUGCUUUCAGAACAGUUCCUUUUCAAAGACGACAAACACUUACUGAGCCAAACGUGACUCCACUCAGCAGCAGAUAAAAUGAUGUUAAUAGACGCACAAGACCUGGUGCUUUACUUCCUCUUUCUAUUCACAAAUUCUGAAGUAACUGCAAACAGCUGGUUUCCAAGAAGUCUCCCAUGUGAUGUGAAGCACGAUGUAGCCUCAGUGGUUGUUGACUGCAGUGAACGUGAUCUGACAAAAGUGCCGAAGGGUUUUCCGUCGAAUGCCACCAACAUCACCCUUACCAUUAAUCACAUCUCAAUUAUCACCAAAAUAGCAUUUGCUGGACUCAACAGCCUCACUGAAAUUGAACUGCAAUGCAACUGCAUACCUGUCAGAUUGGGACCAAAGGACCGUAUAUGCUUCAACCCAUUACAGAUAGAGAAAGGAGCCUUCUCGUCUUUACCUGCAUUGAAGUCAUUGUACUUAGAUGGCAAUCAGAUCAGUGAAAUACCUCAAGACUUGCCUCAAACAUUGACCUUGUUGAGUCUUGAGGUGAAUAGCAUUUUUCAUAUCAACAAAGAAAACUUUUCAGAGCUCCAGAACCUAGAAGUUAUCUACCUUGGCCAAAACUGCUACUAUCGCAACCCCUGCAACGUUUCCUAUAUAAUCGAGAAUGAUACUUUUUCUAACUUGGUAAGCUUGAGAAUUCUGUCACUUAAAGACAAUAACUUGACUUCUGUUCCUCUGAACUUGCCAUCAUCCUUGAAAGAACUUGAUCUUUACAACAAUGCGAUACAGUGGAUCCAUGAAAAUGAUUUCAAGGGUUUGGUUGAGCUGGAAAUCCUAGAUCUGAGUGGGAACUGCCCUCGAUGUUACAAUGCCCCUUUCCCUUGUAAGCCCUGUCCUUUCAAUGCUAAUAUAUCCAUACCUUCCGGUGCCUUUAACACACUAAAGAAACUGAAGAUCUUACGCCUUCGUAGUAAUUCUUUAACAACUGUGCCUAGUGCCUGGUUCAAGAACACUCCCAGCCUUAAAAUUCUUGAUUUGUCCCAGAACUUCCUCAUUCAGGAAAUAGCCACAGCUACAUUUUUAAAAUAUCUGGUCAAGCUGGAGGAGAUAGAUUUGUCCUUUAAUUUUCAAUUGAAAUAUUACUCAGAGUAUCUUAACUUGUCCAAGUACUUCUCUAAGUUGGUGUCGCUUGAAAGAUUAAUGAUCAAAGGAUAUGUUUUCAAGGAGCUUAGUGAGCAGAACCUGAAACCACUCUUCAAACUUCAGAAUCUUACACUUUUGGAUCUCGGCACAAACUUUAUUAAGGUGGCUGACUUGCAAGUGUUUUCCAAGUUCCAGGGUCUGAAGGUGAUAAAUCUUUCAGAAAAUAAAAUAUCUCCUUCCUCCAGCGAUCCAUAUUCGGGUAGCUGCAGAGCGAGCAAUCACUACAAGGGUGAGAACUUCUACGGUUCUCCUAACGGAAGGUAUUACUUCCGUUAUGAUGCGUAUGGCCGAAGUUGCAAAUCGAAGAACAAGGAAACUUUCUCACGCAGUGAAUGCAAUGAAAUGGGAAAAACGUUAGAUUUGAGCAGAAACAACAUAUUUUUCAUCAAUCCAAUACAGUUUGAAAACAUGUCAUCUGUGAAGUGUUUAAAUUUGUCUGGAAAUCUAAUCAGCCAAACAUUGAAUGGCAGUGAAUUCAAGCACCUCCGACACUUGAGGUAUUUGGAUCUCUCAAACAAUCGCAUUGAUUUGCUUUUCGAAACUGCUUUUCAGGAACUGAAGGAAUUGAAAUUUCUAGAUCUCAGUAACAACCAACACUACUUCCAAGUGGAAGGUUUAUCUCACAGUCUAAAUUUUAUCCAGAAUCUGACCAUGCUCAGCAAACUAAUGAUGAACUACAAUCAGAUUUUCUCAUCUGAAGAGAAGAUCUUGGAAAGCAGGUCGCUCAAUGUUUUGGAAUUCAAGGGGAAUCAACUGGACGUCAUGUGGAGAGACGGUGAUGAUAGAUAUGUAAGAUUCUUCGAAAAACUCCACAAUUUGACACGUCUCGACAUUUCAAAAUGUGGCCUUAGUUUUCUACCACCUGGCGUUUUUGAGAAUCUUCCUCCAAAUCUGAAGGAACUGCUGUUAUCUGGCAACAAAUUAAAAUCUUUUAACUGGGGCAGACUGCACUUACUGGAGUCUCUGGAAACACUGGACCUUGGCAAAAAUAGUCUGACGACUGUCCCACAUGAACUGUCAAACUGCACUAAAACUCUCCAAAGGUUUAUUCUGACUGAGAACAAGAUCGCCAAGCUGACCCCACAUUUCCUCAAGGAUGCCUUCUUCCUUCGGUACCUGGACUUGAGCUACAACAGCUUACAAAUCAUCCACAAGUCGAGUUUCCCAGAAAACGUCAUGAAUCACCUGGAAAUGCUGCUGUUAAAUGGAAAUGGCUUCUUGUGUACCUGUGAUGCCAUUUGGUUUGUGUGGUGGAUCAACCAGACUUCUGUGAACAUCCCUCAUGUAGCCACAGAUGUCAAAUGUGGCUCCCCCAAUAUACACAAAGACCACAGUAUCUUAUCCUUAGAUCUAGAAUCAUGCCAAUUAAACUACCUUGGGGUUAUACUGUAUUCCAUCACAUCCUUUGUUAUCCUCCUCUUGCUGGUAAUAUCGAUCAGUAGCCACCUCUUCUAUUGGGAUGUGUGGUACGGUUAUCAUUUCUGUGCUGCAAGGUUAAGGGGAUAUCGCCCAAUGUUGUCAGAAAACAUUAUCUAUGAUGCCUUUGUGGCUUAUGACACAAAAGAUCCCUUGGUAACAGACUGGAUCUUAAAUGAAUUGUUGAUCAACCUGGAAGAGAAAGGAGAACAACGAUUGAGCCUGUGCUUAGAAGAAAGAGAUUGGAUCCCAGGCGAGCAUGUUGCAGACAAUCUUUCUCAGAGCGUAUACCAGAGCAGGAAAUCUGUCUUUGUGCUCACCAAUUCUUACAUGUCAAGUGGAAAUUUCAAAACCACUUUCUACAUGGCUCACCAGCGUUUAAUGGAUGAAAAGGCUGACGUGAUCAUUUUGGUUUUCCUGGAGAAAGCUUUGCAGACCUCCAAGUACCUUAGACUGAGGAAGAGACUUUGUAGGAGCUCAGUCCUUGAGUGGCCCAACAACCCUCGAGCUCAGCCUCUUUUCUGGCAGUGCCUUAGAAACGCACUAAAAGCGGACAAUCGCAAGCACUAUGGCAAACUCUUCAGUGAAAUUAUAUAGUUCCAGGUGUACCCGGUUCCUCCAUUUAAGUUCCUUUGUACUGUGGGCGAGAAGUAACCACGGAAGAAGUAAUGUAGAAAUGAUCACCUCAGCUUGGCUCAAUUAUCGUGCAAGUCCACAGACACCGUUGAUGACUGAUCAACCAGCUUAGCUUGUCAGUAAACACUGGUAGCAGGGAUUCCUCAUUCUCAGCUCCUCUUAAGCUGCAAGCCAUAGCGUUAACGGGUAGGAUGGUCCUCACUGAACAGCCACAGAAGCUUGCCAAAGAGUUCUCUCAACGUCUGGCGAUGGAUGCAGUUUUAGCCGGCCGUAUUCAGCUAAAAUUCUGUGGUCCCCAAGCCUUGGCUCUUGCCAACCUGCCAACCCCUUGGGAAUCAGGCAAGCAAUUUGGGGAAAAAUUGGGAGAUAGUACGCAUUCCAUUCCAGGCGCAGACAUUUUCACGUGUAGGUGGCAUACGU